AUGGCACCAUAUGAAGCCUUAUAUGGACAGAAGUGUAGAAGCCCUCUGUGUUGGGAAGAUUCGAUUAACUCUGUGACGUUAGGACCCGAAUGUCUUCAAGAAAUGACAGAAAAGGUCAAGUUGAUUCAAGGAAGGAUGAAAGCUGCUCAGGACCGACAAAAGUCUUAUGCUGAUCAAAGAAGGCAAUUAUUGGAAUUUCAAGAAGGUGAUAAGGUAUUGCUAAAAAUAUCUCCUACGAAGGGAGUAAUGCGGUUCGGGAAGAAAGGAAAAUUGAGUCAAAGAUAUAUUGGACCGUAUGAAAUCCUUAAGAGGAUCGGAAAGGUAGCAUACCGAUUAGCACUACCUGUGGUGAUGGAUCGAGUACACAAUGUAUUUCAUGUGUCGCAAUUAAGGAAGUACGUGUAUGAUACAUCGCAUGUACUCCAACCUGAGGAGGUGACUUUGGAUGAAAACUUAUCAUAUGAAGAAAAACCAGUAAGAAUCAUGGAUACUAAGACCCGGGAUACCCGCAGAAAGUCCAUAAAGUUGGUGAAAGUAUUAUGGUCAAACCAUUUGGGGGAAGAAGCCACAUGGGAGCUAGAAGAUGAAAUGAGAACGCGAUAUCCUACAUUGUUUGAGCAAGGUAAAAGAGAACCUUUAUCUCUUUCCAAAUUGAAGCUUCUAUUUCAAUAA